AUGUUGGUGUCGCACCUAUCAGUGAAAGCGUGCAAUCAAGUUCGUCGCGGGGACUGUACGCGCUAUUCCGCGCUGUAUCGCGUUGCCGUGAACUGCGGAGUGAGCGCUUUCGGUCAAGCGAAGCCUCGUGCGCAUCUUGUGAGAAUGUUUCCGAGAAAGUGCGGCGGCCAGAGACACAACACAUUGAAGAUGCGGUUAUACGCGCUGAUACUCUGUGGAUUCCUGAUGACAAUAUGCGCUGAACCUGAUCCAAAAAAAUAUAAGUCUCAGAUCAAAGAAAAAACUAAGCAUUCUAAUAGCACCUUAACGGCAGAUGAAAAGAAAUUCUUAAGGGAAAUAGAAGCAAAAUUUGGAAUACAAAAUGAUUCCAUCAAAGAAGAAAAAACAAAUGAUACUACUAAAAGCGAUAAAGCUACAUCGAGUCAACCGGGUCAUUUUCCUGCAGUCAUUGCUAUUGAGAUAGUUAAUGAUACAGACACAAAAACUAAAGGCAAAAGAACUAUCGAUGCUAAUCUUGGAUAUGGAUACAAAACUAAUAACGGGUAUACUUAUUCUUACUUCGGCAAACCUUCUCAAGAAAAGGGUAAAUUUAUGAUAUAUCCUUAUUCGCAGGCCGAAACACCCGCUGGACAAGUACAAUCUUUCCAUACCAUACAUCAUUAUGAAAAGUCAAAUGGAAAGAAUGUUAAAACAAGUGUAGAAAUUCAUCCCUCUCAAGCUUUUGAACUAGUGAAGGUGAAAGAUGAAAAAUCUGGUUACAAUUAUGAAAAACCGGCUGUAGAGUUCAAAACUCCUUCCGCACAUGCAUAUUCUACUAGUUCCUAUACAUCGCAUCCAUCGACAUUGUAUACUACAUACAAUGGUGAUAAAUUUUCCACCCUAAGUGGACAAUUUCCUACGGUAAUGCAGAAUUAUUUAGUUGAUCCAUCACAACUAAUUAAAAACCCUGAAUACCAAAAUGUUGGAUUGACUCAAGAUCAUUUACGCGGUUCUCAUAUAGAACAGAAAGUUGUUCCUGUCUUAGUACUAAGAAUACCAAGCUCGGUAUUAACCAGUCCUACAGCUGAACUGUAUGCCAAUUUACCACAUAAUUAUCCUUUGUCUAAUUACUUAAAUAACUUGAAUUUACAAGAAUUAGUAAACCAAUACUUUAAGAAAAGCGGCUAUAACUUUGCACCUCAAGUAAUGGCUUACUCCAGUCCUUUGUCAUCAGCUGCAGUUGAGAGCUCUGCAGGAUCCUCCGUGUCCCAGUAUGAACCACAACAUUAUGCUCAUCCAUAUGUUCAGCCCUCAUAUACUCAUUCCCAUACUUCUGGAGUUCAGUAUUCAGCAGUUCAACCAGUAAUGGCUAAAUAUCCAUCUAGUUACACGCGGCAUCAUUAUUCAAGUUCCAAAGGACAUUCAUAUUAUAAACAACCGUCACUUUCUCAAAAAUAUGAAUAUCAGUAUCAAUACUUUCCUCAUUCAAGUGUAUCCUCGCAGAAAUACUACAUGCCAUCACAUUACCAACAACAAGCAGAACAAGCAGCAUAUGAACAAUUACAGAGCGGAUACUCUUCUUUGGGUCAUAGUGUGGAUAAUCAAGAUACUAAUGCCCAGAUUCAAUAUGAAACUCCGGGGCAUGUUACAAGCGGGUAUGAAUCCUCAGUCACUCAUGAUAUUGGGUACGGGUCUCGUCAGGCAAAUAUAGCAUCUGAUUACACAGGAACCGAGGCAAAAUCAGCCGCUGAUUAUCAGGCAUCUCUAGCACAGUUAGGAAGUGUGUAUGCAACACCUCAAGCACAAAUAUUAAGUGAAUAUGCGGCUACUCAGGCUCAAGCUGGAACUGGUUAUGGCUCUUCUCAGUCUGAAUAUCAAGUACAAUAUGAUAAUUCGAAUGGAGAUAAUUCGAAUGGAGAUAAUUCUAAUGGAGAUAAUUCGAAUGGAGUUAAUUCGAAUGGAGAUAAUUCUAAUGGAGAUAUUUCGAAUGGAGUUAAUUCGGAAUACAGUGUUCCAAAAGAUGAAAAUUCUCAGUCUUUACCAACUGGAUAUGAGUCAUCGGUGACAGCAUCUCCUUCGCCUUAUUCAGCAACAGAGAAUGCACAAGAUGUUGCACAAGAGUACUACAUUCAAAAUAAUCAACAGUCUGAACAAGGGUCUGAAUCUGUUUAUCCUUCCCAAGCAACCGAAUCUGAUAUCUCACAGAUUGAAUCUAGUGGCCAUCAAAAUUAUGUAUAUCAACACCAACCGCAAGAAUCGAGUGAACAUGGAUUGAUCCUUACUGAAAAUUAUCCUAGCAAGGACCACACGAUAGCUACCGUUUACCCUACACAGCAAAAAGCUGAAAAUCAGAAAUCAGUAAAGGUUCAAUCAGUUAGUUACGUAACGCCAUCUCCGCAAUCAAAAUAUAAAAUUCCCUAUCAAGUGAUGGUACCACAGACAUAUCUUCAUAAUCCGACAUCUGAAAAAGUAUCGUAUGUUCAUUCUCAACCAAUGUCUGCAUCCUACAGCGAAAGUGGACUUCAUCAAGAUAAUCCUUCUGCAGUGGAGCACACAUUGGGUUAUCAUUAUACACCAGCAAGUAAACAUAGGUCUAGAAAUUACCAGUCCUAUUUAAAGCGUAUGGCCCGCAGAAAUGAGAAGUCAGAUUCCAAGAACAAAAGUGAUAAGAAUGAAAAUAAAUCAUCAUAA